AUGAUAUAAUAGAUUAAAAAAUAUAACUAAUUAGAAGAAUUUUUAAGGUCUUCAUAUUUACCUCAUUAGAUUCUCCAUAUUGAUCUCAAGUCUAAUUAAAUUGGUGCAAUUGGUGCAUCACGCUUAGGUUCUGGUUUAGCAAAAUGCAUUAAUCUCUCAAAUUUGACACUUGACCUUUAUAACAAUAAAAUUGGUGAUGAAGGUGCAUCAGGUUUAGGUUCAGCUUUAGCAAAAUGUAUUAAUCUCUCAAAUUUGACACUUUACCUUUAUUCUAAUUAAAUUGGUGAUGAAGGUGCAUCAGGUUUAGGUUCUGGUUUAGCAAAAUGCAUUAAUCUCUCAAAUUUGACACUUGACCUUUAUUCUAAUUAAAUUGGUGCAAUUGGUGCAUCAGGCUUAUGUUCAGCUUUAGCAAAAUGCAUUAAUCUCUCAAAUUUGACACUUUAUUUUGGGUCUAAUUAAAUUGGUGAUGAAGGCGUGUCAGGUUUAGGUUCUGGUUUAGCAAAAUGCAUUAAUCUCUCAAAUUUGACACUUAAUUUUGAGUCUAAUUAAAUUGGUGCAAUUGGUGCAUCAGGCUUAGGUUCAGCUUUAGCAAAUUGCAUUAAUCUCUCAAAUUUGACACUUUACCUUUAGUCUAAUUAAAUUGGUGAUGAAGGUGUGUCAGGCUUAGGUUCUGGUUUAGCAAAAUGCAUUAAUCUCUCAAAUUUGACACUUGACCUUUAUUUAAAUUAAAUUGGUGAUGAAGGUGCGUCAGGCUUAGGUUCUGGUUUAGCAAAAUGCAUUAAUCUCUCAAAUUUGACACUUCACCUUUAGUCUAAUUAAAUUGGUGAUGAAGGCGUGUCAGGUUUAGGUUCUGGUUUAGCAAAAUGCAUUAAUCUCUCAAAUUUGACACUUAAUUUUGACGAAUAAAAAAAAAAAUAUAUUUGA